AUUUAUCAAAAAAGCAAAAAGCAGUCGUGUUUUUGGUAGUGAAAGAUGGAGGCACGUUUCUAAUUUUUUCGUUAUUUUAAAAUUAUUUUAUGCAGUUUUGUGGACACUUGUGGAACAGUUUAAUUUAAAAUAUAAAGUGAUCCGUUUUUAUUUACAAUGAGUUCCCCUGCUAUUUCUCAUUACUUGCGACAAAAUGGAUAUUCCACGACCGUUUCCAUUGAACAGCGGAUCAAGGAGAGCAAACUGCAGGGAAAAAGCCCGAUGAUUAUCAUCGAUCUGAUGUAUUACGACCAGCUCGAGGGAUACCUGAUGCGAACCAGUACCGAGGUGAAGAUGAGUGACCUGUGCGGCAUUUCUCGUAUGCGGUUGCAGAAGUUGGAACGCUUUGUGGCGAACAUGAAAAGCUGGGGCGGGGAGCUGAUCUUCAUAACCAAUGGACCGUACUUCGACACCAGCGGGCAGAUUAUUCCGGACGAAGACGACUCGAAGGGUAGCAGCAAGGACUGGCGUUAUGAGCUGCAGUGCGCGAUUAUUGAUUACAUGAACAACGACCACUACAGCAAGGCCGCCGAAGACGCUCGUUUCAUUCCGAUCGAACGCAUCUGGACAGAGUCGGUGACGAAAAUUGCACGACGGUAUGGGCGAAUUCUGUGUGCCUGGGACAACACUCGGCAUCAGGAGAUUGUGAAGUUCGCUUCCGUUAACGAUGCCCUCGCUAUCAUAUCGAAGAACUUUGCCGUGCUGAUGUACAGUGGAUUAUCCUUUCCACGGUACAAGUUGUGGUCAUUGGUAAACUGCUCGGAAGAAUCUAUGACAACGGAUGAGUUUGAUCCAUUGGCCAUCAGACGAUCAUUGCGUUUUUCCACCAAACAGAUGAGACUGCUGGCAGCUCUCUCGGAUCGGUACUAUGCCACUCCGACGUUCCUCAAUUUUGCAGAACGAAUGAAAUUCAAUCAACACUUCCGGAAUGCUUUUUCAAACCUUGUAUGUUACAUUAGAAAAACGGCUGGCAACUUGCAGGAGCUGGACUACCUCAAAAUUGCGCGGGAUCUUUUCGGAGAAGAGAAAUACAUAGAGAAGUUCGAAGAGUUUAAGACGGUUUGCGAGAGUUAUGACAUCAAUAAGAUCACACUGUCGACGGAGCAAAACAACGAUUCCGUCAACGUCCAGUUGAAGAAACAGGACUCAUUCAACUACGACAUCUAUCAUGGGAUUAAAUUUACAUUUUCUAUUACUUUUGUUGACUACCGGUAUUGGGCACAGCAUGAAGUUGAUAUCUACGAGGUCUGCAUGGGUCUUUACAGGCGCAUUAGCGGUGUAAUUCUGCAGCACAAGAAGGAUCCCACUCUGAUGCGGUAUGUAAAUAUCAAACGGAAUCAUGACGAUCCAUACAGCACCGUUGAGUUGGAACCGGAAUACCCGGAAGGCAUUUACGUCCCUUCUUUGGAAUCUAUCUUCUCGAAUGCGGAUGAACCGUCAAAAAUAGUGCCGGACUUCAACAUUCGCUUGUUGGAAUUCAUAACAGGGAUGAACCUUGAUCGGUCGGCUUUGGAGUUCUUCUGGACGACUGACCAGCGUUCGCAGCUGCAGGACAGUCUCACAUUACGCUACAUGGUGAAGAUUAACAUGAUGGACACUUUUGAGGCGGAUAUAUUCCAGCUGGGGAUCCAGCGUUGUCGACGAGAAGCCCCACAGCCACAUCCACUGCCAGAUAAUAUAAAUCUACGGGCUUUUCAUCUGUACUUUACGUACAUCAAAAUGCGAGCCUUGAUGAAACACAGUUUCUAUGGUGCUGGACUGGAUGAUACGUUCAUGGACGAGUGCUACCUUGAUGGUGUCCUCUUUCAAAAUAUGUUCCAAAAGUGGCAUAAAACGGGCAUAACGGAUGAAUUCCGUGAAGCAGUGGCUCCCUUCAAACAUUUCCGAUUGCAUUGAUUUGCCUCGCGCGUGGUGUGAAUCGAUUUGUGUAGAAUCGGUCUGAAAUAAUUCUUGAUUUUACAUUAUAUUUAAACAUAAAAUUACUAGGUUUUCGGAUCGUAUAUACGCAUUUAUCGUAAGUUCCUAUGAAUGUUUUUAAAAACAUUUUUCUAUUUGAAGAAAAUCUAGAAAAUAAUAAGUCGUUUAUUAGAAUAUGUUAAAUACUUACUAUGUAUUGCUCGAAUUUCGUUAUUGUUAAAAUAUUGCUAUAGCAUCCUUCGAUGUGUUCGAUUUAUCAAUAUGUAUAAGAUCAGGAAGUUGUUGUAAUUUUAAUGUAUUAAUAGGUUUUAGAAAGCGAGCAUUUCGGAUUCCGAAUACCAUGACCAAUAUAUUUCGAUUUAGUCACGACUGAAGACACAAUAAAUAAUAAUUGGUAAUAUUUGUUUGUUCGUAA